AGAAAAAAUAAAAUAAAAAACAGAGAAACUUAAACCAAAGAUUCAAUUCAAAUCCCGUCCUCUUCAUUUCAGAUCUCAUAAAGAACACGAAACAGUGUAAAACACGCGCUCUCUCUUUCUCUUGAACUUUCUUCUUCCUUUUCGUUUUCUCACUCUCUUGUUCUUCAUUCACCCCCACACAUUAUUCUUAGGGUUUCCAACAUUUUCUCCAUUUCCCUUUAUUUUUUCAUUUUUAUAAUUUUCGAAUUCGGUGUUUGAAUUGAGAAGCGGUUUUAGACGAUUCCGAUGUCGGCUUCCACGGUGUCCAUCACGGCGGCGAACCCGGGGACUCGUCGGAGACCGGUGAUCGCCACUGAGAAGAAAACCGCCACUAGCCUCGAACUCCUCGCCAACGACGUCGCCGUCUCCCCGGCCGUCGCCACUUCCGGAGACGGCGCCACCGGGCGCGACCUCAGCCAUCACUCGAUCCGCGGCGAGGCGCUCCUCGACCGGGCGCCCCGUGACUUGACUCCAGCGAAGAAGGUCGCCGGCGCCGGCCCAAACUCGGCGUCGGGCCCGCCGCGGCGGACUCGGAAGCCCGCCGCAAAGUCCGAGAAGCCGCGGUGGCUCACGUUGGUGAGCAUUUUCGGGAAGAAUUUGGUGCUCUUGGUGGUGCUGGCUGGGCUGGUCCAGUUGAUCCGGCGGAUGUCGUUGAAAUCUGGCGAUGCCGCGGCAGGCGGGUUCGCUGGGUUUUCGGAAUUCGAGGGCCGGAUUUCGGAUGUGGAGGGGCUGUUGAAGAAGACAGCAAAGAUGAUUCAGGUUCAAGUUGAUGUGGUGGAUAAGAAGAUUGAGGAUGAGGUUAGAGUGUUAAGGAAGGAGCUAAAUGAGAAAAUUGAGGAGAAAGGGGUAAUUUUGGAAAGUGGGUUGAAGAAAUUGGAGGCAAAGAAUGAGGAAUUAGAGAAGUAUUUGAGUGAGUUGAAGGGAGAGAAUUGGUUAUCAAAGGAAGAGUUUGAGAAGUUUGUUGAGGAAGUAAGGAGUGUGAAGGGGAGUGGGUAUGAGGGUGGUGGGUUGGAUGAGAUAAGAGAGUUUGCAAGAGGGGUGAUUGAGAAGGAGAUUGAGAAGCAUGCUGCUGAUGGGCUUGGGAGAGUGGAUUAUGCUCUUGCCAGCGGCGGUGGUACGGUGGUGAAGCAUUCGGAGGUGUUUGAUCUGGGGAGGGGCAAUUGGUUCUUGAAGUCUGCUAGAAAUGGUGUCAACCCCAACGCCGAGAAGAUGUUGAAACCGAGCUUUGGCGAGCCUGGGCAGUGUUUCCCCUUGAAGGAUACUAGAGGGUUUGUGCAGAUCAGGCUCCGCACUGCCAUCAUUCCCGAGGCUGUCACCUUGGAACAUGUAGCAAAGAGUGUUGCAUAUGAUAGAUCAAGUGCUCCUAAAGACUGCAGAGUCUCUGGUUGGCUGCAGGAGCAUAAUGCUGAUUCUGCAAUUGAUACUGAAAAGAUGCAUCUUCUAUCAGAAUUUACAUAUGACCUUGAGAAGAGCAAUGCUCAAACAUUCAACGUGUUGAAUUCAGCAGCUUCUGGUGUAAUCAACAUGGUGAGGCUCGAUUUUACAUCCAACCAUGGAAGCCCUUCACACACAUGUAUAUAUCGCUUUAGAGUUCAUGGUCACGAGCCUGACUCGGUUUCUAUGAUGGCAUUGGAGUCAUAAUGUGCAUGUCUUGUUUGCUUUGAAUUUUGUCAAUUUCUGUGUAAUUGUCCAGUGUAUUUUCUUUAGAUGUAGGAUAGGAUGUCAUGGACUCCUUAAUUACUAGAUGCAGAAAUUUAACUUCGUAUUGCUGCUUCAAAUGGACUUUGUAUCUAAUGUAUGAUUUGAGUUAGGCAGUCGAUAGAUCUUGGGUAUUGCAAAGCAAUUUUUUUGUCUUUUAAUUUUAGUGCAAUGAUACUAGGCAAAUCAAGUCUAAAAACAUGAUUUCCCCCUCUUGUUAAAAGAG